UCGUCUACUUUACCGAUGGCUACCUCAGAUGUUCUACAAUUUCACUAUUGUACAGAGAACGAAGACGUACGAAAUGCAACCAAGAAUUUUGCCGGAAUUCUCGGGGACGCGUUCGAACAAUAUAAAAAAUUAUGGAUUGAGUAUAUUAAAUUGCAAAAAUAUUGCGAAAAUGCUGGUGUAAAAAUUCCAUUUCAAGUGUUUAAAUCUAAAAGUGAUAAUAGCAAUAUUGUAUUACCGAAAGCUGAAAGUUGUAUAGAUGUAUACAGUAAUCAAACAAGUCAAUUAUCCAAGAAUUCAACUACAUAUAAUUUGGAUAAUACAUUGGGUUCAAAUGAAACAAUUCUAGCUGAUGAUAAGUUUGGUCAUAACAAAUUAUUGCAUAGUCCAGUACUUAUAAGAAGACAUAAGCCUAAGAAGAAUAGUAUUACACCUGGCCGUUCCAUUUUGGAUGAUACUGAUGAGAUCGAUACAUCUAUUCCACUUAGAGAAAAUAUUAUCAUUUUGGCAAAUAGUUCUGAUGAAGAUCUUUCUACAUCUGUUGAAACCAAAGAAAAUCAGUGUUCAAAUAUUUUGAAUAAUAAUGAUGAAAUUGAAUGUACACCACUGUCUAGAUUGCCAAAAAAAUUGGGACUCAGUAAACUAUAUAAUAUUGAAACCACAUUAUUGAACAGUGGAAAGAAGUUGAAACAGUCGAGGCUCGCAUUCGUUCCAUCUGAAGAAAGCAAAAUGAUCAUGGAUGCAAAGAAACGUAAGAAAUUAAACAAAUUGAUACAACCUGAAUUUCUUACAUCCACAAAAAAUCUACAGCAAAACUCAAAGGGUACUGGCUCCAAUGAAACAGUAGAUGAAGAAAUAAUUGAAGAUAGUCCCACUAAACGUAAGAAAUCGAAAUUGAAAAUACAAAGCUUGAAACUGAAAAAAAAUAGUAGUGGAAAAUUUAGAGACGAUAUUAGUAUAAAGAUUAAUUUAUUUAGCGAUACUAAAAUUAGUUAUGCUAACCUCAGUCAAUGUUUACCUGUAGAUACAUCUACACAAAGUAAAGAACUAUAUUCGAAAAAAGAAUUAAAAUCAUUUAGUAUCUCGGACAACAAGGGCAUUAGAAACAGUUACGAAAUUUUACCAUCUCUGUCGCUUGUUGAUACAGAACGCAUAGUUAACAACAUACCAGAAGAAGAAACAGAGAAAAUUGAUACAAAACGUAUGGUUAAUAACAUACCAAAAGAAGAAACUGAGAAAAUUGAUGCUAGUAAUGAAUUUCAAGCACAGAAGAAAAAGUUGUCGAAAUUGGUUGAAGAAGCCUGUAACUCCAAUCUCUCAUGUAAUGAUGAAACAUUUUAUCUCUUGGGUGAAAGACCUAAAGAGAAAACUGAGAAAAAUGAUACAAAACGUAUGGUUAAUAACAUAUCAAAAGAAGAAACUGAAAAAAUUGAUACUAGUAAUGGAAGCCAAGCACAAAAAAGAAAAUUGUCGAAAUUGGUUGAAGAAACCUGCAACUCUAAUCACUCAUGUAAUGAUGAAACAUUUUAUCUCUUGGGUGAAAGACCUAAAGAGAAAACUGAGAAAAAUGAUACAAAACGUAUGGUUAAUAACAUAUCAAAAGAAGAAACUGAAAAAAUUGAUACUAGUAAUGGAAGCCAAGCACAAAAAAGAAAAUUGUCGAAAUUGGUUGAAGAAACCUGCAACUCUAAUCACUCAUGUAAUGAUGAAACAUUUUAUCUCUUGGGUGAAAGACCUAAAGAGAAAACUGAGAAAAAUGAUACAAAACGUAUGGUUAAUAACAUAUCAAAAGAAGAAACUGAAAAAAUUGAUACUAGUAAUGGAAGCCAAGCACAAAAAAGAAAAUUGUCGAAAUUGGUUGAAGAAACCUGCAACUCUAAUCACUCAUGUAAUGAUGAAACAUUUUAUCUCUUGGGUGAAAGACCUAAAGAGAAAACUGAGAAAAAUGAUACAAAACGUAUGGUUAAUAACAUAUCAAAAGAAGAAACUGAAAAAAUUGAUACUAGUAAUGGAAGCCAAGCACAAAAAAGAAAAUUGUCGAAAUUGGUUGAAGAAACCUGCAACUCUAAUCACUCAUGUAAUGAUGAAACAUUUUAUCUCUUGGGUGAAAGACCUAAAGAGAAAACUGAGAAAAAUGAUACAAAACGUAUGGUUAAUAACAUAUCAAAAGAAGAAACUGAAAAAAUUGAUACUAGUAAUGGAAGCCAAGCACAAAAAAGAAAAUUGUCGAAAUUGGUUGAAGAAACCUGCAACUCCAAUCUCUCAUGUAAUGAUGAAACAUUUGAUCUCUUGGGUGAAAGACUUAAAGAGAAAUCAACUUCCAAAGUUGAUAACACAAAAAUUAGUAAUUUCAAUAUGCCAAAAAAUAUGUCUCACGACUCACCAUCCAUGAAGAAGAAUCUUAUGAAUAAUUUUGAUGUGGCAUCUAAGAAAGAGAAUGUACUUAUUGAUAAAACAAGAAAUAAAGCAGAAAGAGCAAAGAUGGCUGGUUCCACUUGUUGGGAAUGUGAAAAGUAUUAUGGUAACCUUGGACUCUCUAAGGAAGAAAUGAAAACUAGGCAAAAGCAAUGCUCUCGUCAUAGGAUUAAUAAAGAGAAACCAAGAUCUCCUGAAGGAUUUUGGUAUCCUCUGUUUCCUGAACCGUACGCGUCCAGUAUCGAAAAUGACUGAAAAUAUAUUAGGAUGCAUUGUAUGAUACAAACAGUGCCAUAUCAUAAGUAAUGUCCAAAUAUAUAAGCAGUAUUUUUGUAACUCUUUAUAUUCAUAAUAUUUAUCGUUAAUCUGUGCUACGUAUAGUAUAUAUUUACAAAUUAUAGAUUUCCAAAAUGUUUUUAUAAAUGUGUAAGGUUUACAUAAGGGAAAAAAUAAACUCCAUAAAAUAAUUGUACACA